UUAACCUGCAAACUCGAUUCUGGUUGAAGUACUGCAUGCGAUCGCAAGACACGGACAGGGUAUUACAUCAUGUUUGCUGCGAAUUUGGCUGCCACCUAAGAUCGAGUAGCAAGGCGAACUAACUUGGGGUUCACUGUCACACAGAUCUUCAAGUCUGUGGGUCGAAAUUAAAUCUUUUUCCAAGUACCUGGCUUUAGUGAAUUAUACAGUGCGCAUCCUGCGGGUGCUUUAACUCUUAAAGCUGGUGCAAAAGCUGUGUUACUAAGCCUUAUCGAACAUUGAUUUCACCAUUGCUGAGAGUCCACCGCACCCUUUAGAGUGUUAUUUAGGGAGAUAUUUCCAAUACCAUACCUAGAAACCCUUUGGUUGACACAGCAUAAUACACCGCAACCCAUUUAGCAGAGCACCCUGAGGCAGAUGAUCCUCUGAGAAGGCCACUCCUCGAUGCCAAGAAGGCCAUCGACGCCAUGCUUGGCAUUUUCGAGUACGAUGUUGGAUGGAGGACGAGCUCAACUCGUGGCCGCCCAAGGCUUGGGUGUGGUUUGAUUGCAGCCCUGCUCCUGCUCCUGAACAGCAUCCCAGCAGGCCAAGGCUGCACAGUCGUGGAACUUCAGAAUGAGGGCUUCGCCACCAACAUGCUUUACCUCAUGCACGCCAUCCCCAUCUUCUAUCAGCAGAACGGCACCCUCUACGUUGACAACACGAAUUUCCCUUACACCUGCGCUCAGGAUGGCGGAUUCCACGAAUUCUUCAGAUAUGACGAGCACUUGGUACCCUGGUCUGCAGCAAAGGAGGCAGCAGCGGGGGACAACUGCCGGAGAGUGACCUUCUAUGAGAUAGACCAGCUCAUAUACAACACCCUCAAAUUCCCUUUCUACCAUCUGGACCUCAUCGGCAUCCAAAGGGCGUGGUGGUACAGGAAGUGGGUGUGGGACUGGAUAGACUCGGAGCGCAUUGCCAAGCUGCACGCUGCUGUGAAGCCGACCAUAGCAUUCCACAUCCGCGGCGGCGACGGGCGGCCCACGACGCUGCCUGGGGACUAUAUACACACCUUUAGGAAGGCGUACCCCCACGUCAAGGGGGGCACAUGCAUCUUUGCUGGGGAUCAGCAAGAGUUGCUGCUGGAGGCAGCGGAAAUUGCAGAGGCAGCUAUUGGGUGUCACGCAGAGUUCGGGGUUCCCUUUCCCUCCCCGGAGGGUUACAGCCGCGAGCGAUUUAACGCUCUUGACCAGGAUGCCAGGUGUGUGGCGACUCUGGACAUACUGGGGGAUAUGGAGGUGCUAGCACGCGCAGACUACUUUGUGUCAUCUUACCACUCCAGGUGGUCCAAGGUAGUGGAGUGGAUGCGCUAUGGGUUGUACAGGAAAGACCGCAGCACUGCUCUGGACGCGUCAUCAGACCAUGCAGACCUCUACUCCAUCAUAUCCUCCAUUUUCAAUGGGAACCAGGUGCGGGGGCAAGCUGCGCAUGUGGCAGCUGACAUGGAGGCUGACGUGGAACUGACUGAGCUGGAGCUGGAGGAGAGGGAGGCACUGCACCCCCACAAAAAGGCGGGGGUCCCUGCCAGCAAGGGGAUACCCACAAACAAGGGGGGACCUCCUGGGAAGGGGGGCAAGAAGGCUGCUGCCAAACCUGCAGCCCAUGCUGCGGUUGUGCAUCCUAAGGGCUCCAAGAAGACUGCCAAGCCAGGACAUGCCAGCCAUGUGGCAGAAGCCGAAGUAUCGCCGGAGGAGGAGGGUUGCGUGGGGCAGAGCUGCGUGGGAACGAGGGCGGCUGGGGGAAUGUGGGAGCAGGACGUGGUUGCAGACAUCUCUGAUGCAGCCACCAAUGAAGGCACUGGCCAUGAUGGCAGCUUCCACGGCCGACGAUUACUUAAUUGAAAAUAUUUAUUUCAAGUCCUACGCGUUUCUGUCAACCAGAAGGAGGGGUGUCAUAGUCGAGCUGUGUUGAAUCUCACCAUGAGCUCCUGUUGACAAUGCUAGAGUGGUGCUUCGCACAAGAUCGAUGUGUUUGUAAGCUCGUCGUACUGGCGC